CAUCGACCCUUCGGUUAAAACGCUACUUAUUCCGAUGUGAUUUUUUUAAUCCAGGACGGUCACACAAACAAGGUCACAACGAGGCUAGUGCUGGGUCUGGGUCGCUGUCUGUGGGUGUCGUGCUGCAGGAUGAGGUGGCACAAGAAGUUUAAGGUCUUGCGGUGCUACAUACUCAUCCUGGGCUGGCUGGGGAUCCUGCUCCUGUUCUUGUCAUACUGGCGAGUGGAGUCGGACUCGGCACACCCACCUCCCCCACUUGUGGUCAACACGGGGAUGCAACCGGUGUCAGGCCAGGUCUUGCAACAGGACAAGCCACGCAGUAAGAAGCUACGACACCAAUGCAAUCCUCCCGACCGUAUACAGCGACAUCAAGAAGGUGUCUUGCCAUCACAGUAUGAGCUGAUUGGGGUACUAAUUGCCUUCCGCCAUGGGGAUCGUGGGCCUCUGCUGCCGGUAAGCAAUCUGUCAAGCAUAAACUGUGGUCACAAGAGCUAUGGGACACCUCUGUACAAGAAGUAUGUUAGUGAUAUACUCAACACGUCUAAGACAAAUACCUAUAUCAAUUUUGUAGGACCCUUCAUGAAGUACCCUUUACUUCCCCCUCCUUCGAAGUGCAAUAUAGGACACUUAACGCCCCAGGGUGUUGCCCAGCACCUGCAACUAGGGAAAGCACUGAAGGAAGUUUACUUUGAUGAAUUAAAUCUAAUUGGCAGCAAGCAAGAACUUGAUGAUAUCAUUGUAUACAGCACAAAGUACAGGCGCACAUUCCAGAGCCUUCUGGCUUUUCUUUAUGCCUUCCUUCCUGGCUUCAAUAUUUCCAAAAUCCGUAUUCGGGAUGGAAAGGGAGUGAGCUUCUGUGAGAAUGAGUGCCGCUGCGACAAGAUUGACUUCUACGAUCAGAAAUAUGAGCAAGAGCGCCGGGAUUACCGCAAAUCGCACCCGGGGGUCAUGGAUUUAGUUCGCAGACUUAGUCCCCUCAUUAAGGCUAGUCCUACGGCAGAUGAUAUCACUAAUCCUCUGGUAAUGCAAGAUGCCCUUCUCUCGUAUGUCUGUCAUGGAGCUUCCCUGCCUUGUAAUGAAGGCAAGUGUGUCAGGGUAGAGGAGGUCACAAGUCUGAUAUCCUACGCAGACUGGGAAGGCAAGCAAAAACGCACAUCUGCCCAACGCAAGGCUGCAAAAUUAAAGUCAUAUGGAAUGCUGAAAAAUAUUAUGGUGUCUAUAGAUGGAAUGAUAGGUGAGGGCAGGCCACGUGCCGUAGUGUAUUCGGGCCAUGACAAGACCCUCAAAUACCUCUUGGACAGCCUCUCCAUCCCCAACUAUCCGCUGCCACACUACGCCUCUCGGCUUAUUCUGGAAGUGUACCACAACACCACCAAUUCACAGGAUACGCACCAGCGAAGUAAUUAUUUCUUUAGAGUCGUAUAUAAUGGAAAGGACAUAACGAAGCUGAUCCCCUUCUGUGGCACUAUCACACUAAAACAAUUAAAGUUCGGUGGUGUGAAGAGAGGCAGCAUCAACCUGUGCAGUCUUGGAAGUCUAGAGAAUUACCUGAAGCCACAGGUGUACUUCAAGGAAUUUAAUGCAGCCUCAUUCAAAGCAGCCUGCAGGAAGUAGCGCAGGAAAGGGUCAGAAUGAUGGUUGACUUUUAAGUAGGAAUAGCCCCCUGUCAUGAGAUUCGGUUAUACAAAGUUUGUUACAAGCUCAUAAAGGUGUAACAGUUCUUCUACAUAUGCAACUCUAGUCUUGGAUUUUAGUCAUGCAGUAUUUAUGUAAGUAUUAGUAUAUAUUUUCUGUACUAUUGUAUUCUAUUGUACUGUAUUAGUACUGGUAUAUUGUUAAAUUAUUUGUUGUAGAUUCUGUGAUUGCACAUAUAAAUUAUUACACAUUUCCUUAUUGUUCAGGUGCCUCAUUGAAUGUGAUUAAUCAACUCUUAGCGUAUUUAAACACUUCAGCUUAGAAUUCUAUACUCUAGACGACAUCAUGAAUCUCUUCAAUAUUAUUUUGUGCAUAGGUAGGAAGCCCACCUGUUAGUAUUGAUGAUAAAAGGCCCACAUCUUCAGUCUGGUGAUUGUAGCUAACUUUUUUUCUCUUGCAUAUGGACUUCUCUGCAAAGUCCUGUGUAGUCACACAAUUCUGAUAGUUUGUAAGUGAGACAUUUAUGAGAAUAUGUAGAUCAAUUUAAUGAUAAGAUGAAAUUGACAAUAAAGAUAAAUGUAUGUGAUUCUUAAAGGUAGUUGUAUGUGGUGUUUGUUUUGUAAAUGAAAUAGCUAUUGUGCCUGGUAGAAGUGCUAAUAACACGGAAUAAGUUAUGUAAGUAUUAUUCGUAGUCUCUUGUAUUUUUUGGAUGUAGUUACAACGACAGUGAGAAGAAGAAGAGGGAGGCUUUCACUCGGCACAAACACAAAGUAAUGAAGUUUCUUUGUUCAUCUGUGCCAGGGAUUCAACACAGAAGCUUUUCCAGUGAUUUUCCUUGUAAUGUAGUGCUUUAUCACUUGGCUCUCUUUCACUCAUUUAUUCUGUAACAUGUGUGCUGUUGUGCUCACUGGCAGAUUGUUAGAACUAUAAACAAACAAACAAACAAAAAGAAAUGUUCUGCACGAGUUGGUAAGGUUCAUUUGCUCAACUGGACAUAUCACGUAACCAGUAAGUGGGUUUUACAGUCAUAGAUAACCCAGAAAAAUACUGCAGUUGCAUUUAUGAAAUCUCUGAAUGCCAUUGGAGCUGCAGAAAUCUCUGAAUGCCAUUGGAGCUGCAGGCACUAAUGGAAAUUCCAGUGUAAUGAGCAUGAAAGAAAGACCUUGAGAGCAAACAUUGAAGAACCAUCAGUACAAUGAGCAAAUGGUAUACUGUUUUAUUAUGAAUGUUAGAGUAGUGAGGAAGGGGUAGACUGUAUACAUAUCAGAAUAGUGAGGUAAGGUAAUAUAGAUAAUGUACUGGAGUAAUAUGUAUAUGUGUAUGUAAACACACUCAUGUUAAGAUGUGCACAUUAAGAUUGGGUUUAGACAAACUGAUGCCCAAAGCACAGCUCAUGAAUGGUGCCCCCUCCAGAAAAGCUACAGAGUGAAACCUUCUUCACAGGAAAAAUACACAUGUGAACAAACAAGAGAAAACAUUCACUCAACUAUUUUAUACAACCCAUAAGAUUAUAAACUAGUCACAUAUGGUUCACAAAAAAUCCACUUCAAGUUGUCUCUUAUGACUAUGCAUAACAGAAGGGAGGAAUUGAAGAAAUAUAUCAUCUCAGUGGUUAAAUGCUAUUGCAUGCAAACACCUUUUAUUGUAUGAACAAUUGGCACUAUCCUUUGUUGCAGUUUUUUGAAGACCAGUGAUUUUGAGCUUCAAAAAAAAAAAAAAAAAAUUACAUCUUUGUUAAAUCUUAGUAUGUGUUUGCAUUAGCAAAAGAAAUAGUAUGGUAAUGAGCUUAACCCAUUGCCUCCAGGUACAUGUAAUGUCCUAUGUAGUUUCGUUAUGUAAAUUUUGUUUACACAUAUGACUCUGUAAGCAUGUAGUCUUGAAAGAGUCAUUUAGUAGGCCUAACUAAUCUUACCUGAUUUCCCCAUUCCUUGAUUUUUUGGGAAAUAUGGUUGUUUCCAAUGCUGUUAAUACUAAUAGCAUUAAAAAAAAAAAAAAAAAAAAAAAA